CCCCCAACCAGCGCCCGGGGACCCGCGCGGUGGCGGCGCUCCGCCCGCCCCCGGGGAUGAGACUUCCGGAAGCAGUCCCCCUCUCUACUGGCUGAUAUGCCACGCAAGGCCCGCCCCAUUGGCUUUGGGGUUGGCCGAGGGGAGCUCUUCCGGUGACUUACUUCCGUGACUUGUGGCUGGGGCCAGUGGGCCGCCGGGGUCGGUGAAGGAUCCCAAGAUGGCUGGGCGAAAACUUGCUCUAAAAGCCAUUGACUGGGUGGCUUUUGGGGAGAUCAUACCCCGAAAUCAAAAGGCAAUUGCUAAUUCCCUGAAAUCCUGGAAUGAGACGCUCACUUCCAGGUUGGCUGCUUUGCCUGAGAAUCCACCAGCUAUUGACUGGGCUUACUACAAGGCCAAUGUGGCCAAGGCAGGCUUGGUUGAUGACUUUGAGAAGAAGUUUAAUGCCCUGAAGGUUCCUGUGCCAGAGGAUAAAUAUACUGCCCAAGUGGACACUGAAGAAAAAGAAGAUGUGAAAAGUUGUGCUGAGUUUGUGUCUCUCUCCAAGGCCAGGAUUGGAGAAUACGAGAAACAGAUGGAGAAGAUGAGGAACAUAAUUCCGUUUGAUCAGAUGACCAUUGAGGACUUGAAUGAAGCCUUCCCAGAAACCAAAUUAGACAAGAAGAAGUAUCCCUAUUGGCCUCACCAGCCAAUUGAGAAUUUAUAAAACAGUCCAGGAAGAAGCUCUGGCUCUUAUAUUACACUGUGGACAUUAAAAAUAAACAUAUAUAGUUCUGGG